AUGACCCCGAAGCAUUUAUGGCUGGUGGUCCUUGUGGCUCUAUUCAUCUCACCCAUCCAGUCUCUGAACUGUGUUCAUCUGGAUAAUGCCAUCUUGGAAAGUGUGAAACUUCUGGGCAGCAUCAGCAGCAGCUCUCCCCUGAAAUGUCUAAAAGAAAUCAAGGAUUUUGAGUUUCCUAAAGAAAUUCUGUCAUACAUCCAGCAUGUGAAAGGGAACAUGAAGGAGGCCUUCUAUCGUCUAUCUAUUGAGGCACUGAAUGUUUUCAGUCAUAACGGCUCCAUCUCCCCUGUGACAAAGGAGCGCCUGCAACGCAUCAGAAUGAGACUCUUGGAGCAAGUGCAGCAAGCUCAAGACUGCUUUAUGGAUGAGGAGGAAGAGAACAUGGAAGGGGACAGGACGCCGCAGCAUCCUUCACCAAAGGACCUCCAGGGGGUCUACCUGGAACUAAACAAGUAUUUCACCAGAAUCAAAAAGUUCCUGAGGGAGAAGAACUACAGUUUCUGUGCCUGGAUGAUUGUGGGAGCAGAAAUGAGGAGAUGUUUCAUGAUAUUCUACAACUUCAAGAAACUACUCAAAAUGCACUCAGAAUCCUCCAUCUUCAAGCAAGAACUUAGAUAG